AUGUUGUCGAAGAUGCCUGCGCGUGGUAAUGACAUCGACAUUGAUGAUCUUUUAAGCAACCCACAACUCCCCACAGAACAAGAAGUUCAAAACCAAGUGUUACUUGAAUUCUUACGAAAGGAAGAAGAAGAAAAGAAAAAACGCGAGGAAGAAGAACAAGCCAAAAUGAAACGAAUGUUAGAAGACCAAGAACAACUUGAAAUCGAACGGAAAGGACAACUCGAAGCUCAGCGUAUCAUGCAGUCCAGAGAAAAAAGUAUUGUUAUGCAGUCUACUGUUCAUUCAAGUCACUUUAGUUCAAAGUCGCACGCGUUUUUCCCAAUUCCUGACGUUCUGUACUUCGAUCGAAGAACACUCAAAUCAAAGGAACAUUUAUUCAACCUGAUCGACACCACUAAUUUCGACUAUCUAACAACAGACCCGUGGUCUUCUGUUAUCGAACCAUGUGAAGAUUGGUCAUACAUCCCUUUAACUACAAAAAUGUUAGACUUGGAAUUGUUACAAGAUGGGUUUAACGUUGAAAUCAAUCACAAGUCCGUGACAUAUCAUAGAGAGUGUCGUAAUGCAAUUAUACCGUUGUUAAAUACAGAACAAGAAUUUCCUUUUUAUAGACAAUACUUCUAUCAAAAGAAAUCGGUGAGACACUUUUUAGAUAAGGAAAAUGCAAUUCUUCUUUCGGUCGACGAGUCGAAAAAGUAUAAAAAGGCGAUUCUAAGAAGUGAAAGAGAAUGUACCAGACUUGUCAUUCCACCAGAUGUCGAUCCAAUAAAAUACCACACGAUCUUCCCUAAAGGGGCUAAGGUUGUGAAAUACUCAAACACCCCACUGAUCGACGACGAGUUGGUUCGAAUAGAAGAGAACAAUGUUGUUAAGCGAUUUAAAGUUGGUGUUGUCGAUGUGAAACCGGACCAAACAGAAGACGAGAUCUUUUCGAAUGAAAGUGUCUCGAAAGGCUUUUACGAGAUGAUGUAUUUGUUGGGAGAGAAUUUUCCAUUGAAAGGAUUUACGGGGUAUAAUGGGGGGUUAGACGUGAAGUUCAACGAAACGGGCGAGUUCUCAUUUUACACGAAAUAUAUCAACAACGAAAUUAUGUUCCACGUCGCCCCGAUGUUGCCGUCUUCAGAAAAUGACCCACAAAAACUUGAAAGGAAGCGGCACAUUGGAAAUGAUAUUGUAGUCGUUGUCUUUUUGGAUGAAGGAGUCAAAGAGUUCGAUCCAAGAAUUUUUACAUCACACUUUAAUCACGUCUUCAUUAUGGUUCAACCUAUUUCAAAAGAAGAGGCGCUUAGUUUUUUGAGAGUGUGUGUGGUCACUAAACCUAACAUGAAUCCAUUCCCUCCUUUCUUGGAAUCAGCCGUAUUUAAAAUGGAUUUCGAUUUCAGAGACUUCUUGUUACAGAAAAUUAUCAACGCGGAAAGGACUGCAAUGAAAAACCCUCCGUUCAAAACAAACGCGGAAAACACGAGAAAACAACAGAUCGUUUGCUUGGCGGCAGAGUUAUGA